UAGCUAUACAUUUCUCGCUCUCUCUCUUUCUCUCGCAUAUCAAAAAGAUGUCAACUUCAUCGCCCCCAUUCCCGUUAAGAAUCCCUAAUGGCUUCAACAACUUCAUCCGAGAAAAUCCCAUGUCUGAAAAAUUCUUAGUCAAAUGAUUCCACCACAUUGAGUUUUGGUGCUCCAAAGCCACCAACGCCGCCUGUCGUUUCUCUUGGUGCCUUGGCAUGCCCAUCGUUCAGAAAUCCGAUAUACCUACCUUCUUCGCUACGACCAACUCAACUUCCUCUUCAUUGCUCCUUAUUCUCCCAUCUAUCUUUGCCGCCGCCACCGCUUCUAUCCUGAUGUUUUCCCACACUGACUGCCUCAACUUCACAGGAUCCCACGGCCUCAUAAUCUGCUCAGUCGCCAUUGAAGUCGAAGAUGUCGAAAUUGCUUUCUCCGUUAGUGUCUCUCACUGCGUUUUUCCCUAUUUUGCCCUAAUUUUCCUUGAAAAUAACGACAUCAUACUCUCUGAAUUCGAAGAAUGGAUUCGGAGAUGUAUUGAUAGAUGAACAAAUUAAGGAGUGUGAGGAGUUGGGAAUAUUAGUCGAUAGAGAUAUCAGUGGACUCUACUUCAGAUCUUCACGAAGCCUGUGGGUGACAUAUAUGCCCUUCUUCAUCAAUACUCUUAAACUCAUCAAAUUUUCUUGAAUUCAUUAUCAACAGAUUCAAUAAUAUAGAACUUUGACUUGUAUAUUGAUAAAUUCCUAAAAUUUGUGAUUGUUUUUUGUAAAUAUCUGAGCAAGCUAACCAUAUUCAUCAAGAUAAUUCAUAGAAUUAGGUGAAUGGUGAAAGAUGAUGAAGGCAAGGUGCAGCAGAAGGCAGGGUGUGAAGGAUUUGACAAGGGAACUUCUGAUUGCUACUGCUUUGAUGUGUAUGAUCUCGAGGAGGAGAAAUUAGGUCCAGGAUUGACCUGACAAUGGAUUUGAUGAAGUCGAUGACGGAGGAGGCGUCGCCAUCGUCUUCGGAGUCAAUUGAGGUCGAUGGUGGGGGUGUGUUGUCGGUGUGUGUAUGCGUGUGUGUGUGUUUUGAGUUCGUGGUAUACACUCUUGGGUAUGUGUGUGAUCGAGUUAAAAUGGGUGUGUAAGUGUGUGUGUUUUGAGUUGUAGUUGUGUUUGUUUUUUUGAGUUGUAGGUGUGUGCUUUUUUAUGAGUUGAGGUGUAUGUAUGUAUCUGUGAAGUGUUUGUUUAAGCUUCAAUGUGUUUCGACAGUGAAGAAGACGAAGUGUAUGUAUGUAUAUGUGAGAGAGAGAGAGAGAGUAUUGUGGGGUUGAGUGGUGGCUCCCAUUCUUUUUUUUUUUCUUUUUUAGUAUUAAAAUAAUUAUAGAAAAAAGAAAAAAGAAAAAUAAAAGGGCAUAAUUAUCUUUUCAAGUGUAUUUUUUGGACCAAAAUCACAGAAAAUUAUUGAUUUUGAGUUAAAAAGUUUUUAGACUUUAUCCACAGUUUUUUGAAUAUCACAGGACCAAAUUUACAGUUUUAUCUAAAAGAAUUCAUUAAGAGUAUAUUGAUAAUUUUACAUGAACCUAACCUUUAUUUUGUAAGAGAGUCAAAAUAGACAUCUAACAUAAUCAUUGUGUGCUAAGUUUUAUCGAAAUCAACCACUAAGUUUUGUAAAAAUAGACCCUCAUACAAAAAAAAAAGUUUCAUAAAAUCUGUUUUAAAAACCAUAAAGGUCUUUUGUGAAAUUUUAUCUAUAAUUUAUUAUUUUAUUAGAAAGGACCAGUAGUCAUUGAUGGAAAUUGAAUGGACAUACGGGACGGGACAUAAGAGAUUGAGACUUUUAAAGACUUUGGUUACAGCGACACCAAUCAUCGUCAAAUUGCAGAGUCGCCAUUGAUCAUCUCUCUCUCUCUCUCUCUCUCUCUCUCUCUCUCUGAAACACACAGUAUAAGAUACAGAGAUAAAGGAUGGUAAGAGAAGUAUCGGAAAGCUGUAUGGAUAGCUUGUUAACGGAGAUUGUAUCGUCGUAUUGCAACCGAUUCUACGCCAAUAAGCCGGAGCUCGCUGCUCGGAGAAUCGAAGCAAUUGGUUACCAGGUCGGCCAUCAGCUCUCUGAAAGGUAUACAAUGGAGCGCCCAAGGUUUAGUGAUCACCUAGAAGCAAUCAAGUUUAUCUGCAAGGAUUUCUGGUCAGAGCUCUUCAAGAAGCAGAUAGACAAUUUAAAGACUAAUCAUAGAGGUACAUUUGUAUUGCAGGAUAAUAAAUUCCGGUGGCUUUCACGCAUGUCAGGAGAUCCAUCAAUGGAGAUCUCUGGUGCUUCUCAAGAUCCUUCUGCCAUGUCUGAAAACAAAGCAGCACAAGCAACAGGCAUGCAUCUUUACUUCCCUUGUGGAAUUAUAAGAGGAGCACUUUCAACUUUGGGAAUCCCUUGUGCUGUUUCAGCUGAUAUUUCAAACCUUCCUGCAUGUUCGUUUGUGGUGCGGAUAAAGGUGUAGGGAUGAGUAGAAGAGUUUAUAAAGUAGGCCGAGAGGUACUCGACUUUUUCCUGAUCUUCAAACCAAGCUCUAUAUAUACCUUUCGUUUUCUCUUUCAUGAUUAUGUAAGUAAACAGGAUUUGAAACAAAGUAAUUUAGGUGUUAAUAAAAGUUGGUGAUUUUUAUGGUUACGAAUAAAAAUUGU